CCACACUUUUGCCGCAGAUGAUGCUGCAGAAAUGGCCAAAAAGAUAGUCCAGGAGGCUCUGGAGAAAAAUGCUGGCGGAGAAGAUGUAAUAGAGGAGUAUAGAAGAUCCAAGACCUUGACACACAACACAAGAAGACAUCUUGUGAAUAUCCUUGUCAGCCACAUGGUUGAAAAACAUGGCAGAAUCCCAGUUCGAAUGCAAAGAGAAAAAUACGGACUUGGCAUUGUGACCCUGUUUCCAAAUCUCAGGGAUCCUUUCUCCACCAAAGGCUAUGAACACUUCUAUGAUGGUGCAAGUGGAACUGGCUAUCUGGCAUGGUGCCUAAAAACUGUGCAGAGAAAAGUUACAAAAAGGUCGGAGAACAGCCCUCAAGGAGCCUUGCAGGGAGGACCCAGCCUGAAGAGGAGUUUCACAGCAGAGCAACAGGCAGAUGGUGAUGCAGUCAGAGAAGCCAUAUUGUUACUUCUACAUUCCAGUGAUGAUUCAGUGAUCCGCAGCAAGAUGAGGGAGACGUUUCAGCAUCGUCAUCAGCUUGUCCAUAAUCCAGAGAUGACCACUGAAGUCCUAAAAAUGUAUCCAAGAUUUUUGGAUGUGAAGGGAUUGAUAAAUCAAGAUUUCACACUCCUGUUUGGAGCGGAAACCUCCUCCAAGUUAUUAGAGAAGUGGGACUCCACCUUCAAAUGCAAAAUCAUUGAAGAAGCAAGAUGCUUGACUCAGACUCACACUGUACGCCACCUUCUGAUGUCUGCAGAGAACCAAGACGCUGAACCAAGCGCUGAAUGGGACACGGAUAUAGCUACUCUACUGCUCUUAAUACACCUCCUCCCACCACAACCUGUCGGCAAGAAGGCUGUGAAGAUCAGUGCAGAUGCUGCAUCUGAAAGGCUCAUUGUUUAUCACAAGUCUUGUUGCAGUUUUGAAGAGGCUCUCAGCAAACGUGAUCACCAUCAUCCACACCUCCUUGCUGUUGGAAGAAACCAAAAUCGGAUCGACCAGUUCUACAUUGUCUUGGACAAAAAGCUGAUUCCUUGUGAGGCAGCAAGUGCAGUGGGUGCAUUUGAUGAUCUUUUUAAAUUGCACUUUGUUUUCAAUUUGGCAUAUGAUCAUGCACUUCACAACUUCUACACAUUUGCCCAGACUACUGUAUACAAAAUUGACAUUGGAAAAACUAAAGAAUCACCAAGGGUUAGAGAAUUCCGUGCAAAGCUAUUGAAUUAAGUUUUUUUUUUUUUUUAUUGGAAUUUGCUUAACCUUAACGAUGAUGAAAUGUUUUAAAUGCCAAGAAUUGCAUGGAACCAGUCAGGCGUUGAUAUCCCAUUUGAAAUUUAAACAUGGUUUCUAUCCUACCUCAAAGCAAGGGUUAAUGUGUUCUCAAGAAACAUGUCGUAAGCAGUUUGUCACUCAUUCGGGUUUUAGGAAACAUUUGGAAAAUACACAUGUAGUUAACAACACUAGUGCAGACUGUAGUGUAUCCCACAAUUCACCUCCUAGUGAGAAUAUUUCUGAGCAAAUGGAGGUAGACUUGCCCGAAGUAAAUAAUCCAGUUUCAACGAGAGAUAUAUCAGAGAACAGCAGCUCUGUUCCUUCCACUGAACAUCUCAAUAGUAUGUGUGCUUCCAUAAUUGCCAAACUUCAGGGGGGUGGUGCUUCUAAUAAUUUGGUCUCAGCUAUUGUUGGUGACCUUGAGGAAUUUACAACAGAGAUGCAUGAUCAUUUGAAACACAGUGCUUUGUCAGUUCUACCAUCAAACUGUCCGGGGUCAAAGGAGGUUGAACAAAGCUUUGAAUAUUUCCAAAACCCUUUCUCUUUUUUGAAUUCUGAGUCAAAAAGAGUAAAAUAUUUCAGAGAGAAAUGGGGAACUGUUGAGCCUCUUGAACUUACCCUUGGAGUUCGGUUUGAUACCCGUCGAAACAAGACUAUGGGAACGUAUGACCAAGUUCAAGUUAGAGACACUUUCGUUUACAUACCUAUAUUGGAGACCCUUAAGUUCAUGUUCUGUAACUCUGAUAUUUGUGAACAGGUCAUAGCAGGUACCACAUCAAGCCCACACACUUAUGAAGAUUUCAAAGAUGGUAGUUACUUCAAAAAACACACACUAUUCAGUAAACAUAAAAAUGCUCUGCAAAUACAAGUGUAUUAUGAUGAUUUUGAGACGGCAAACCCUCUUGGGUCAAAACAUUCUAUACACAAAUUAGGCUGCCUUUACUUUAUCUUAAGAAAUCUGCCGCCAAAAUUUAAUUCUGCCAUUCUUAAUAUACACCUAGUUAGUCUCUUUCACAGUCAAGAUGUGAAGAAGUAUGGCUUUGAUGCAAUUCUUGAGCCUUUGAUUCGUGACAUCAGAACUCUUGAAAUUGAAGGA